AUGCUCGUCCGCUCGAUGAGCGACCUAGGGCCGGUGAUCUACGCACAGUACGCGGGAUAUCGUGGCGGGAGUCGGGGAGCCGUCGCGAGCCAUCGGCGGCGGCUAUCCGCCGGCUGGGCGGGGUCGACGCGGCGUCGUAUCCCGCUGUAUUUCUUCACUCGCUCCUCAUUCGCAGUUAUGGGCUGCUCAAUGCUGGCACUUCUCCUGCUCAUCAGUCAAUGUUCAGCAUGGGAACUCGUUGUUACACCAAAUGGCGAUCGGCUUCUAGACCAACGAACUGGGGGUAACUUUAUCGUGUCAUGUAAAGUUAAAGACUAUGAUGGUGCUGCAAGUGAUGUGAAAGUCGAGUGGUACAAAAAUGGAGAGCUAGCGUCACAUAUCGGAAAUAUUAUGGCCAUCUACAAAACGUACGGCAAUCAGUUACUCAUCAAUAGUCCGAAAAUCAGCGAUGGUGGAGCGUAUACCUGCAAAGCUGAUGUGAGCGGCCAACUACAUGAGACCACAGUUCUCAUUACUUUCGCCGAUCCGCCAAAGUUCAUAGAUCCUGAGACUGAACAGCAUCCUGAAGAGGGUUCUAAUGCUGAAAUCGUCUGUAACGUUGAGGGAACAGAGAAGUUAGAGGUGUUCUGGCAGUUCAAUGGCUCGAUACUUGAGGAAGGAUCGCCACGUGGAUACGAGUUUCGAAACGACAGACAAGUUCUGAUUAUUCCCGCCUUUGAUUCGAAAAAGGACGACGGUAUUUACAACUGCAAUGCUGCACAAUUCUCUUCAUUUGAAACACUUGCUAUCAAUGUUACGGGUUAUUCUCGUCCAUUAAUAACAGUUUUUGAUACUCCUUCGAACGGAGUCGGAAUUGAGGGAGACAGUGCAAAGUUACAAUGUGGAGCUGUUGGGAAACCCAAACCAUUGUACGAAUGGUUUGACAAGAAUGACGAGGCUAUUGUGAAUUCCGAUAAAUACAAAGUGGAAGAUGGUCUGCUGAUUAUUGAGUCCUUGUCUGAAAACGAUGCCGGAGAAUACAAAUGUGUUGCUUCGAACCCAGUUGGCAAUGCAUCCCGUGUUACUGAGUUAAAAAUUAAACUGAGACCUCGGAUAGAGAAAUUGCUGGAUUUGACAAGGAAAGAGGGUGAAAGUGCUGAAGUUGUUUGUAGAUAUAGUGGGGAUGGUGUUACUGCAGCUAAAUUUGUCUUUGGUUCCGAGGAAUAUUCGGUGGUUAGUGGUAAUGAGGUAGAUCUUGUAAACGAAGUUGAUAGCAGUGAACGCCAUGAAAUAAGCUUUGGUGAUGAAGACGACGAGGAAAAGGAAGAAAUCGCCAGAAUUAAACGGUUCGAAGAAGAUAUAACGUCAGAGCGGAUUAGGGUCAGAGCUGAGGAAAAUGCUGUAAUUCUGCACAUUCGCAAUCUUAGUCUAGCGGAUGCUGGUCUGUACAAAUGUGCUGUAUCAAAUCGUGCAGGAUGGACAGAGCGUGCAUUUCACAUCGCUAUCAUUCAUCCACCCGUAUUUCGACGUGCUUCUGAUGACAUUACUCGAUCUUUUGAUGGGAAUACUGUUAAUAUCUUUUGCGAGGUAUCUGCUGUCCCCGAUCCACUCUGGACAUGGCAGAGAGAUGGAAACGAGUUCGAAGCCGAUGGCUCAUCAAUCAUUAUAGAUAACAACGGUGGUGUGACAAAAUUAAUUCUACAGAAUAAAAAUGGGCAAAACUACGGAAAAUACACCUGUAAAGCUGAUAACGGUUUUGGCACCUUUACAAAAUCUACUGAUGUAAUUCGGAUUAUAACACCUGUUGUUCCUGAAGGCAUCGAUUGCAAGAAACGCUUGUACCCUAACUAUGGAAAGUGUUCUGUUGACAACGAUUUAUAUUAUGAUGAAGCAAGUCGGCCGACUCGAAUAGAGUUCCAGGUUCUUGAAAAUAUGGAUUAUGUUAAGGAUGACCUUGAUUGGGAUCAUGCUCCCGUUAUUUCUGUUCUAUUUGAUGGGACUGAGAUGGUUGUGCGAAACUUGACACCAAAUACUCAGUAUUCUGUUCGAGUUCGAGCAGUCAACGAGGCAGGUGCUAGCGACUUUAGCCAGCCUGCUCAGAUGGAAACAACCGAUCCAUGGGCACCUAAAAAACCUGUUGAUCUCCGGAUGGACUGUGCUGAGAUGUGUACUGUGUAUUGGGAGGAAUCCAACAACCACGGAUCGGCCAUCAUCGCCUAUCGAAUUACAGUUCAAGAGUUCACUGAAAAUGAGCAUGGAGAGAAGCAAAAUGUCGGUAAUGCGUUUGUGGUCGAAGUUGAUGGUGAGAAAAGAUCUCACAAGCUAACUCAUAUUCGGCCUCAUACUUCUUAUCGGAUUUCUGUUGCUGCAAUUAAUGCAGUUGGUGCAGGAGAGGUAGAAGAGGUUGAAGUUGAUACUGAUGAUUCUCCAAUGGUUCCCACUGAGCUGUUAAUGGUGCAUAAGUUGGCAGUUAUUGUCGGAAUCGCGUUGUUCGUGAUUCUGUUCGUUAUCGAUUUCAUUUGUUACGUAACUAAUACUUGUGGUCUUAUUGCAUGUUUCUGUAUCAAUUGUCUUGGACGAGCUCCCCGCGAUCGAAAGGGGGAUGUGGAAUCGGGCAGGUAG